AGAGGCAGGGUUUGUGAAUCAAAGUACACAUGAUUUCAGGAGGAGAGAGAUAGAGAGACAGAGAGUGAGAGGGUGUAUGUUGGUGAGAGAGAGAGAGAGAGAGAGAGAGAGAGACGGGAAAAGGAGAGAGAGGCGGAAUGCAACAGGCUGAGCUCUCUCGUCACUGUGAGAGAGACUUCUGACUGACAAACACAGCUACUACUCUCAGCUCAGCUCUCCUCUCAACCACCCUCGCUCAGCAGCACCCAGAGCUGCGUCCGUCACAUCCCAGCUCUGAGUCUGGACCCUCUCGGUUCUCGGUCUCUCGGCUCCGGGUCUCUUUCUGACUUCUCCUCUCUCACCAUCAUCCCUCUCACCUCUCCGAGGCCCCGACGGCAGAGACACCAGCAGCUGAGAGGGGCUGAAUGGCACCAGCUCCUUUCAGACUCAUCAUAGGCCCCUUGACGAAGACGUAGGAAGGGACAAACUGCGAGACCAGUCACCUGAAGCAUCACCGGCACUUGGCACCAUGGCAACCAAUAGGGAGCAUCAAGUGCGUCACAUUACCGGCUUCCCCCGUGCUAUGUACCCGUUCACCUUCAACUCCAUGAGGAGCCACUCCCCCUUUGACCUGCUGGCCAGUAGCCACCUCUUUGGCCGGUUCGGGGCCGACCUGCCCAAAGAGAUGGCCGCUUUGUCGGUGGAGACCCAGAGCACCAGUUCAGAGGAGAUGGUGCCCAGCUCUCCUUCUCCCCCUCCUCCUCCUCGGGUCUACAAGCCCUGCUUCGUGUGCCAGGACAAGUCGUCCGGUUAUCACUACGGAGUGAGCUCCUGUGAGGGCUGCAAGGGUUUCUUCAGGCGCAGUAUCCAGAAGAACAUGGUGUACACCUGCCACAGAGACAAGAACUGUCAGAUCAACAAAGUGACCCGCAACCGCUGCCAGUACUGUCGGCUGCAGAAGUGCUUCGAGGUUGGCAUGUCCAAAGAAGGUGAGUCGGUGCGUAACGACAGGAACAAAAAGAAGAAGGACGUGAAGGAGGAGGUGGUGCUGCCAGAGAACUACGAGCUGAGCGGAGAGCUGGAGGAGCUGGUGAACAAAGUCAGCAAAGCUCACCAGGAGACCUUUCCAUCUCUGAUGCAACUCGGAAAAUACACCACAAACUCAAGUGCUGACCACAGAGUGCAGCUGGACUUGGGCCUGUGGGAUAAGUUCAGUGAGCUCUCCACUAAGUGCAUUAUAAAGAUUGUGGAGUUUGCCAAGCGGCUACCAGGCUUCACCACGCUCACCAUCGCUGACCAGAUCACCCUCCUCAAAUCUGCAUGUCUGGACAUCCUGAUGCUGAGGAUAUGCACUCGUUACACACCAGAGCAGGACACAAUGACCUUCUCAGAUGGCCUGACUCUCAACAGGACACAGAUGCAUAACGCCGGCUUUGGUCCACUCACAGACCUGGUGUUUGCCUUCGCCGGUCAGCUGCUUCCUUUAGAGAUGGACGACACUGAGACGGGGCUGCUCAGCGCCAUCUGCCUGAUCUGUGGAGAUCGUAUGGACCUGGAGGAGCCGGAGAAGGUGGACAAGCUGCAGGAGCCACUGCUAGAGGCUCUGAAGAUCUACACCCGCCGCAGACGCCCCAACAAGCCUCAUAUGUUUCCACGCAUGCUGAUGAAAGUCACGGAUCUCAGAGGAAUCAGCACCAAAGGUGCAGAAAGAGCCAUCACACUGAAGACAGAGAUUCCAGGGCCCAUGCCUCCUCUCAUCAGGGAGAUGCUGGAGAACCCAGAAGCUUUCGAGGACAGCAGUGAUUCAGGGGACAGCGCAGCCGCAGCUGCACCCCCAUCUGCACCCCCAUCUGCACCCCCAUCUGCACCCCCAUCUGCCCCUGCCGCCCCCGCCAUUCAAGCCAUCAAGCAAGAGGAGAAAGCCACAUAUGAGUCGGCCGUCGAAGAGGAAGAGGAGGAGGAAGAGGACGACUACUGGGACGAGGAGAAAGAGCGAGGGGUAGACAGUGACGGGGAGCUGUGGGGGGAGGCGGCCACGAAAAAAGGCAUGACUGGGAAAACACAGUGAGAGAGACACAAUGACGCUGCUUCCUCCUCCUCCAGGUCACUGAGGCGCCACCCAGCAACAUCUACGAGAAAACCUCAUGAUAUAAGGCUCUUAUAUAACAACAUGUGGCAUACAGCACAUAUUUACAUAUACUGUACAUAUACUGGACUGAGAUUAAAAAUCUGUUCAAAUCAGCAGAAGAAACGAGGAACGCGAGAAGCUAAAGCACUAAAUGUCAGUGGAUUGAGGAGAGCGCCAUUUUAAAAUCGCUGUGCCAAAAUGAGACUGUCUAAAAUAUAUUUUGAAAGUGUUUCGUCCACACAGAGAGGAACGAGAGGCGGUGGACAGAAAAAAAUGCACUCCUCCGCUAUCUAUAAGGGCUAUGCUGUGUAUAAAAUUGAUGGUAAAAUGCAUUGUAGCAACAGAUCUCUACAUGGUGGUGUCCAUUUGCCACAAAUGUCUUCUCAAAAUUCCUUUUAUUACUUUUCAGAGAUAUGCUUCUUAUUUUUUUAUUGUAUGGUUUUUCCUAAGCAUGUACACAUUUCUGUGUUUUUGUGGGACUGUCUUUAUGUUUGUUUUCUUUUUUUAUAUCUUCACUUAGUCCUGCUCAUAUUUGACCGGACACAUGUUUUUUAAGCUUAAGUCUCUAACUUUAUGCAUUUGUGCUUUAGUGAUCACAGUAAAAAAAGCAAUAGCAAAUAUCAUAGGACAGAGCAACAGCAAAGCAAGAGCAGGACUCAAACUCACGAUGUGGCAAGCACAUAGGUAUGUAAAUAAGUCUGUUAAUCCAUGAAAUCAUGUUGAAGAGAAUAAUCAUGUGAUUUCAACUCUGGUGCUUUUCAUCCAAAUAAGAUUUUGAGAAAGAAUGCAAAACAAACACAGGGACAAAACUCCGCCUCUCAACAAGAACAAACACUUUGAAUAAAAGGAAAGAUUUCAUGUCAGUCUCAGGUUGAUUGUAUCAGGGUCACGUCUCACCUGUCAUAAAAGUAGUAAACGUUGGUGGGAACACUCUGGUGUAACUUCCCCAUCUUCACAGGAAAAAUCUUCUUACAUCUAGUAGCAGGAAAUGUAAACGUUGAAGUUGUUGACUCUGAUGUAUUCGCUCUUUGUACAGUGACCAGGUACAGGAAAGCCAUAUGAAUUUCGUUUUGUAAGAAUGGGCAAAUAAAAUUAACUAAACAGACAAAACCCUCAAAAGCUGUUUACGUCACAGAAAACCUCAGGUGUGUGUGUGUGUAUGUAUGUGUGUGUGUGUGUGUGUGUGUGUGUGUGUGUGUUUGGGGGUGUGGGUGUGUGUAACUGAGAGCAUUUAAAAAUACAUAAAGUGAUUUUACUGACAAUAAUCCACAGCGAGCAAUUAUGCAAAAGUUAAAUUUAGUCAUAUCUUAAAAAUGCACACAGAAUGGGCUUUGUGGCUAAGAAACUAAAUAAAAUGUCACUCCCAUGAAAAUGUCUGGUGAACAAGCUGAUCAAAAAUCACAGAGAUGGCAAUAAACAUUGAACUUCAAAUCUCUGACAUGCCUGCUGAGGCUUAGAACGACAGUUUCACAUGAUGUGUGUUCAUGUCUGCUGUAAUGACUGAUGCAAACAACAUGGAUUUUGUAAUAAAUACAUAUAUUCUGCUUUUCA